AUGGCAUCGCUUCCCCCGCGGCCGACGACGUCUGGUCGACGACGUUAUUCCCAACACACUGAUUCAUCUAGUACAUACGAUUCGAGAGAUACAAGCAUAUUAGAAGAUAACAGAGAUUCGGUAUCAUCCUCUCAAGAAUCAGAUCCCGUAUUCCUGAAUAACCCGUCCUUCGUGCGAACUGAUUCGUCUUCCUCGUUAUCGCCACUCAGAGACUCACCACGCCAGAAUAAAUCGGAUACCCAACAACAAUCCGAACAAAAGAGCGAAAUUGCUGAAUCGAACUCAGCAAAGGAAGAGCCCAGGAAAUGCUGGAUCUGUUAUAGCGACGAGACGGAAGAUUUGCCACAUAGUUCUGAGUGGCGGUCACCAUGUCCCUGCGCCUUGACUGCCCACGAAGCAUGUCUUUUAGACUGGUUGGCCGAACUUGAAAAUCCGCGCACGCGCAGACAGAAUAGAGGGGAUGUACGGUUACAAUGCCCGCAGUGCAAGUCAAAGAUUGUCAUAUCUCGACCUCGGAGCUACGUCGUUGAUAUCGUUCGGGCCUGUGAGAGGCUCGCGGGGAAAUUGGUCAUACCAGGAUUAGUGUUUACAUUUGCUGGGACUAUAUGGGCUGGUUGCUGUGCACAUGGAGUGUAUUCGAUGUAUCUGGUUUUUGGGACAGAGGAAGUGUAUAAUAUGUUCAACCGUAGUGUCGACACUGCAUGGAGUCCUAUACGAAACGUGGGUAUUCCUUUUAUUCCUAUCGUGCUUAUCUUUUCUCGCAUGUCCUGGGCAGACGGCGUAUUGCCUGCUAUCCCAGUGCUGUUUUUUGCAACACACAACCCAACGGGAUUCGAGCCCCAGGGCAUCCUCUGGCCACCAAGUGCUACCAUGACCUUUGCUGCUCUCCCUUAUGUGAAGAGUAUUUAUAGCGCUCUUUAUGAAAGAGUAUUUGGGAAGUUGGAGCGGAAAUGGAUUGCUGAGGUGCAACCUCGUCGCGACGAGCAGGAGGGACAGCAAGGCGACCAGCAAAGAGGCGAUCAAAGAGCAGCUUUGGGAAUUGGUGGAAACGGAGGAAUCCUGAUGGAGAUUGAUCUGGAGUUACAGAUUGGAAUGGAUGAUGAUCGACAGAAUGUUGACGAGCCUGUUAACGCGCCGGGACCGAUUAACGCAGAGCAACAAGCAGAUCAAGGGGGAGUACAAAAUGGACAACAAGGUCCAGAACAGCAAAUUCUCGGUCGACGUCGUCAAGAGCUCAUCCACGACACCAGCAAUCUCGCCGACACGAUCCUCGGUGCCUUGCUUUUCCCAGCAAUCUCAGCUGGAAUGGGCGGGCUUCUCAAACUAGCUCUACCAAAGUCAUGGACCGCGUCACAAUCAGGAUUUGACCGAGGAAGAGCAGGACUCCUACAAAGCCGAUGGGGUCGCAGCGUAGUUGGCGGGUGCCUGUUCGUUCUCUUGAAGGAUGCAUUAGUGCUAUAUUGUCGAUGGCGACUGGCACAGACACACCGCAAGAGGCGAGUGUUGGAUUAUGAUCGACAGAAAAAGAAGGUUGUAAAAUAG